GCCUACGAGACGUGUGGGGGGCCUACAGGACGUGUGGGGGGCCUACAGGACGAGGCUCGCCGGCCCCGGGAUGUCGGCCACGGAGCGCGGCGAGGGGCUGCAGCUCGAGCUGACGGAGCGGCUGGACGCCUUCGUGCUGGAGCUGCGCGGCGCGGGGCCCGGGCCCGGCUCCCUGAGCGUGGCGCUGGGCGCGCUCACGGUCCUGCGGAGAGCCGUGGCGCAGGCACGGUGGGGGCACGCGGGAGAGCUCAUGGACGUGAUCCGCUCCGUGGGGCGCCGCAUGGCCGAGGCCCAGCCCUCCGAGACGGCCUUGGGUAACAUGACCCGGCGCGUGCUCAAGAUCGUCCGCGAGGAGUACGCCAGGCUGCGGGGCCACAGCGAGGAAGGCGACCCGCAGGAAUCGCUGCACAAGCUGCUCACUGCCGGGCAGCACAGCGACGACUUCAGCAGCAGCUACAGCCAGCUCAAGCCCAUCGUCAUCGAGGCCAUCAACGAGCUGCUACUGGAGCUCGAGGGCAGUGUGGACAACAUAGCUAUGCAGGCAUUGGAGCACAUUCAUUCCAACGAGGUGAUAAUGACGAUGGGUAUGUCCCGCACCGUGGACGCGUUUCUCAAGGAAGCUGCUCGCAAGCGCAAAUUCCACGUCAUCGUGGCCGAGUGUGCGCCGUUCUGUCACGGUCAAAAGCUGGCGGUGAGCUUGGCUAAAGUCGGCAUUGAGACGACACUCAUCACAGACGCUGCUAUAUUUGCGAUGAUGUCCAGAGUGAACAAGGUAAUCCUGGGGACGCACACGGUGCUCGCCAACGGGGGUCUGAAGGCCGUGAACGGCGCUCAGACGCUCGCCCUGGCCGCGAAGCACUACUCGACGCCGGUCAUCGUGUGCGCACACAUGUACAAGCUCUCGCCGCAGUUUCCGAAUGAACACGACGCGUUCCACAAAUUUGUCUCCCCCCAAGAGGUGCUUCCUUUCUCGGAAGGCGAGAUCCUCUCCAAGGUGAGCGUCUACUGUCCCGUGUUCGACUACGUCCCUCCCGAGCUCAUCACCCUCUUCAUCUCCAACAUCGGGGGCAAUGCGCCUUCCUACAUCUACCGCCUCAUGAGCGAGCUCUACCAUCCGGAUGACCACGACCUGUGACCCGUACCUUUACGGAAACCGAGAAGUGCAAAACUCCGCCGCUCGCUCGUGCGCCGCUCGUCAUCGCUCGCCUUCACGGAGCUCGAUCUUUCCUCGGAUGUCCCCAGCCACUGAUUUGCGCAGGAGAAACCUAAAAAUAAUUUUGUUUUGCGUUGGCCAUUACUUGUGAAGCGUGUUUGUCAAUUGAGAGGAAACCUGCACCCGCCGGAGAAAUCCCCCACGCAUACGAGGGGGGGUGACAGCGCUGCCAUCUUCCUGGCCACCCUUUCAACAACGCUUGGGAAGCCACGGUGCUUACCCAACCCAAGAUUAACACGGGCACCUCCACAGUUACGAUUCAAGUCUUCGCCGCCUCGUGCCCUCGGCUGAGACGCUCGUUAGAUGAACGUCCCGCGUGCGACGUGGACGCGCUCGAACGGCAUCGCGUUGCAAGGCAUCGGUGAGCACUUGCGCGCAAGUCAGAUGUGGCACGCGCCGAGGAGACGCGCCCUUCGGUGGAGUAAACCAUCACGCACGUUGCAAACCAAUACGUGGACACGCACACAAAUAUCGCGUUCAUGUAGAGUGUGACGAAAAUAAAAGAGGAAAAACCA